AUGAAGUCCCUGACCUCAACGAUAACACUCACCCCCAUCUCCACCCCCGGCGGCGUUGCAGCGCUGUCCUCCGUAAGCGCGUCGUCUGCGCUGUUAACGUCUCUGUCGCCGCCCAGCCGCACAGUUCCCCUAGGCACGUCAGCGGGACCUCGCGGGCCUCUCAUGCGCACGGCCACAAUGGAAACCUCGUCGCGCCUAUCCCCUCCUCCGUGCCACCACACCGCCGAAAGUCUCAGCAAAGAGUACCUCCGCCCUCCGCCGUCGGAGUCCGAGUCGCAUGUCAGCAUCAGAUUCCCCCACCACCACCACCACCACCUGACGCCAGCCGGGCGCGUUUCCUUGAGCAUCAGCCAUCGCCGCCGCCGCCGCCGCCGUCCCCCCCCCCCUGCCUUCGCUGACAGGCUCGACGCGCCUGUGUUCUCUUCGAUGCAGGUGAGUGCGCCGUGGUCGACAGCCGCGCCGAUCACCGGAGGCGGUUUCUCCGCCAUCGCCACUAGUAGUGGCAGCACAUGCGCUUACGAACACCCUGCGUGGCAACCGCAGCUGCACUCGCAGCGGCAAUUCUUUUUCGAUCGGAGAGGGGCUAGCAGCACCUGGAGCACGAACCCUGUACAGGCUCUCGACAUCGUCGGCGGUAGUUGUAAUGCUCUGCCCUACUCGUGCACCGAGCCAAACAUGUCUCCCACAGACGCCGAGACGCCACCCGCGAUGCUCUCUGUCAGCAGCAGCUAUCAUGAUGCUCCCCUCAGCCAAGUCAACGGAACAAGCUCAGUGUUGGGUAACAUCCCAGCACCGCCAGUGCUAACCUGCGUCGCCGUCUUUUCCGGUGGCGAGCAGGAAGUGUUCUGGCGCCGUGCAUGCCUCCGCGUGACGUGUGUACCCGUGACCAACACAUCGGGACGACACCGCGAGGCAGCAGCAGAAGCAUCACGCAUCGCGCAACCAUCGGUAAGCCUCGAAGAGAUCAGAGACAGCGCCUGCAGCAGCAGUUGUAGCGACAGCGACAAGACGGGCUGCGCCAGUGACAAGAAACUUGAUCUCGUGUGGCGCUGGCUAGACACACUCGGUAUGACUGACGCCGUCGAAGACGUCCUCUCCCCCGGCGCGGGUCGCGUGUUGGUUGUGUGGACGGCGGGUGUCAUGUACGAGCAAGGCAGUAGAGGAGGGGGCGCUAGCGAUGACGCACAGAAGUCGUCGGCAGCAGGAGCACGACUGGCGAGGCUGCUCGGUGUCAGAGAUGGUGGUGGAGAGAGCCGCGACAGCGUCGUCCCUGGUGCACCGUGCGAGGUUGUCUUUGACGGAAUGCGUCUGCUACUGGACUGA